UUCACAGCCGUGCCUAGCGCCGUGCAUUUGAUCUAGCGAAAUGACUCUGCUGAGGGACAAUUCAGAGCUGCACGUUACUGGACAGGUUUUGACAGGCGAGCACGACCUUCCUGCCAGCCGCUUGCGGCUUGAGCCUCCGUGCGCCUUCGCUUCUCGCUCUAUGUCGUUGGUGCGACGCCUGCUUAUGGUCCUGCUGCUGGCGGGGCCGGGUGGCGUGCUGGCCUGGGAAGACUGGUAUUACGAGCGGAACCCGUGCGGGCAUUACUGCGGUGGUGGCCGCAACGUCCAGUGUGCGGACGGGUGUAAAUGCGUCCUCGAAGACUACGAGAAUUGGGGCGUGUGCCGGCGCGUGCCUCAGUGCGGCGGUCACUGAGGCGGCUUCUCUGGCACCAGGUGUGGCGACGGAUGCAGCUGCGUCGACGUGCUCGGCGCGUUCAGUGCAUGCUACUCAAGUUGGCCCGGUGCCCCCAAAUAUAUGCAAUAUGCCCAGUGGCUUGCGGGCACGUUGA